GGCUGGGGUGGGACGGGAAGAAGCCAAGGGCAGGGAACGAUGCUCUGCAUGCUCAGAGGAAGUGUAAGCACUGCUGCCCACCAAGGGCGAGACAGCUCCAAGCUGUCGGCAGCUGAGCAAGGUGCAUCUGCAGCACCAACAUGGGUACUGCUGAGGCACUGUGGUCUGCUGGGAGGACAUGGGCUCUGGGAUCUCGUGGCAUCUGCUAUUUGGGCAUCGCUGCCAUCACAUGGGGUGUGGUGACACAGGUGGAGGUGGGUGCCUGGACGUACCACUACAGUAAUCAAGGGGACUACGUGUGGGAGCAGGCCAGGAACUACUGCCAGACUUUCUUCACUGACCUGGUGGCAAUCCAGAACAAGCAGGAGAUCGAGUACCUCAACAAGAGCCUGCCCUUCCAUGGGCGCUACUACUGGAUAGGCAUCCGCAAACUGGGUGGCACCUGGACCUGGGUGGGCACCAAGAAAGUGCUGACAAAAGAGGCAGAGAACUGGGCAGCUGGGGAGCCCAACAACCGCCGCUCCAACCAGGACUGCGUGGAGAUCUAUAUCAAGCGACAGCGGGAGUCAGGCAAGUGGAAUGAUGAGCCCUGCAACCGGAGGAAAAAGGCAUUGUGCUACCUGGCUUCCUGCCAGCCCCUCCUGUGCAGCCAGCAUGGCGAGUGUGUGGAGACCAUUGGGAGCUACCGCUGCGAGUGCUACCCCGGCUUCCAUGGCCGUGAGUGUGAGGACGUUGUGCAGUGCACCAAGCUCGAGCCCAAGGGAAUGCACAUGAACUGCAGCCAUCCCUACGGAGACUUCAGCUACAACUCCACCUGUGUGUUCAGGUGCCAGGAGGGGUUCAAGCAACAAGGGGAGGGCACACUGCGGUGCCUGGCUUCCCAGCAGUGGUCAGCAGACACACCCAUGUGCACAGCUGUCAUAUGUCCCCAGCUGGCUGCCCCGGAAAACGGCCAAGUCAAUUGCUCCCACCCACUUGGCAUCUUCACCUUCAAUUCCACAUGUGCCUUCUCCUGCCAGGAGGGCUUUGAGCUGACGGGAGCACAGAGGCUGCAGUGCACAGCUGGCGGUGUCUGGACCGGGCCCCCUCCACGCUGCAAAGCCAUUACCUGCCCAGUGCUCAGUGCCCCAGACUGGGGAGAGCUGAACUGCUCCCACCUCCAUGGGGAUUUCACCUUUGGCUCCACAUGUACCUUCCUCUGCCAGACUGGGUUUGCAUUGAUGGGGCCACAGAACCGUGAGUGCACAGCCACAAGGACCUGGACAGGAGAUACCCCACGCUGUGAAGCAAUCACCUGCCCAGUGCUCAGCGUGCCAGACCAAGGACAGCUGAACUGCUCCCACCUCCACUGGGACUUCAGCUUUGGCUCCACAUGUGCCUUUUCCUGCCGGACAGGGUUUGCACUGAUGGGUCCGGAAAGCCGUGAGUGCACAGCCACAGGGACCUGGACUGGGGACUCCCCACACUGCGAAGCCAUUACCUGCCCAGCGCUCAGUGCCCCAGAUCGGGGAGAGCUGAACUGCUCCCACCUCCAUGGGGAUUUUGCCUUUGGCUCCACAUGCACCUUCUCCUGCCAGACUGGGUUUGCACUAGUGGGGUCAGAGAGUCGUGAGUGCAUGGCCACAGGGACAUGGAGUGGAAACACACCAUGCUGUGAAGCCAUUACUUGCCCGGUGCUCAGUGCUCCAGACCGAGGACAGAUGAACUGCUCCCACCUCCACAUGGACUUUGCCUUUGGCUCUACAUGUGCCUUCACCUGCCAGACAGGGUUUCUGCUGAUGGGGCCAGAGAGCCGUGAGUGCACGGCCACAGGGACCUGGUCUGGGGAUGCUCCACGAUGUGAAGCUAUCACCUGCCCAGUGCUCAGUGCUCCAGACCGAGGAGAGCUGAACUGCUCCCACCUCCAUGGAUACUUCACCUUUGGCUCCACAUGUACCUUCUCCUGCCAGACAGGGUUUGCACUGAUGGGGCCAGAGAACCGUGAGUGCACAGCCACAGGGACCUGGACUGGGGAUGCCCCACAAUGCAAAGCUAUUGCCUGCCCAGUGCUCAGUGCUCCAGAUCGGGGAGAACUGAACUGCUCCCACCUCCACGGGAACUUCAACUUUGGCUCCACAUGUACCUUCUCCUGCCAGAUGGGGUUUGCACUGAUGGGAAUGGAGAGCCCUGAGUGCACGGCCACAGGGACCUGGACUGGAGAUGCCCCACAUUGUGAAGCCAUCAGCUGCCCGGUGCUGGACCCCCCCAGCAGAGGCAAGCUGAGCUGCUCUCACGUGUAUGGGAACUUUACAUACAAUGCCACAUGCGUGUUUUCCUGUGAGGAGGGGUUUGUUCGGAUGGGAGCAGAGGUGCUCUUCUGCACAGCCACAGGGAACUGGACCAGGCAUCCCCCUCUGUGUGCAGAGUACAGCGCCCCGUUCUUAAAGCAAGUCCUGGCUUACAGCAGCGGCACGGCUCUGGCAGUAGUUGGUGUUGUGCUCUCAGGGACGCUCAUUGCCAUCCUCGUCAAGCGGCUCAGCAACAGAGAGGAGAAGAAGAAGCUACUGAACCCUACCAGUGACUUAGGAUCGCCAGGUAUCUUCACCAAUGCAGCUUACGACUCCAACCUGUAAGGUGCAAGACGGUCCCAACACCUUGCACUCUCCAUUCCAGCAUUCAUCUCAGCUUCUGCUGGGGGUCACGUGCCCCCAGGUGGGGUCACCCAAUAAGGAGGAGGGAGCGGUCACGGCCCAGACACACCAUGUCUCCGCUACCAGAAAUAAUGGUAAAACUCUCCCAGACUUGUUUUGGAGUUUUAGAAAGCAAGCAUCCUUUAUCAGGCCUGGGCAACACGCAGGAGUGAUCUCCAUCAUGUGCAAGGAGAAGAAAAGCUGGUUACAGAACAUAUUUCCCACUGACGUGACUAUGUAUAAAUUUUCCCAGAAAUCUUAUGCAUAUUCUAUUGCUUUCCAAGGUCUAAUUUUAAUGUUAUGAAACUUCGCAACAGCGGAAACUCUUGCUUGUUUGGAGUUGGCUUCAGCUCUCUGCUCUGCCUUGACUUAGAGAUAGAGAAAUACUGCAAACAGAGGCAAUUAGAAAACAGACAUAUCUGUUCAGCGCGGAUUGCACUUCACACAAGAUGUUAUCAUCUUCAAAGAAUGAACAGUGUGUGGAAAAAACACCGUUUUAGAAGAAAACACGCUAUCAGAAGAACAUUCUGUUUAACUUUCAAAGAACACAAUUACUUACACGAAACUUUACUUCAGCUUAAAUAAAAGAUAUUGCACUUUUUGUAACGGAAGCUUCUCCUCCCCGCGCGCGCC